AUGCCUCAACACAAAGUCAGGCUGGUGGUGACAGGAGAUCAUUUUGAGUACUGUCCGAAGAGGAAUCAGGGGAUAGUGGAUUGUUUCCAAGCCGGGGGCAUUUCUAAUGUGUCCCUUCUGGUUAACGCCUCCUUGGCGAAAGAAGCGACAGAGCUGGCCAAAAGUAGAUGUAGUAUAGUAGGCUACUGAGUUUACUUUCAUAGCUCAUUUGUGACGUUUAAUAGACUACAUAUGAAGUUACAUUAAAGGUGUGUUCGUACAUUUAAUCUGGAGUGUCAGAGUGCGCUCUGGGCGUUCGUAAAGUCAGAGCGUUGUCAGAUUGUCCGUUCGUAAAUUCAGAGCGUUGUCAGAUUGUCCGUUCGUAAAUUCAGAGCGUUGUCAGAUUGUCCGUUCGUAAAUUCAGAGCGUUGUCAGAUUGUCCGUUCGUAAAUUCAGAGCGUUGUCAGAUUGUCCGUUCGUAAAUUCAGAGCGUUGUCAGAUUGUCCGUUCGUAAAUUCAGAGCGUUGUCAGAUUGUCCGUUCGUAAAUUCAGAGCGUUGUCAGAUUGUCCGUUCGUAAAUUCAGAGCGUUGUCAGAUUGUCUGUUCGUAAAUUCAGAGCGUUGUCAGAUUGUCCGUUCGUAAAUUCAGAGCGUUGUCAGAUUGUCCGUUCGUAAAUUCAGAGUGUUUCGCAGUCAAGCAGCCAAGCUAAGUGGGUUAGCUUGCUAGCUACUUCCAGUUACAAAUGAGAGAACACCUCACUCUGACCAUUUUACUCGCCCUAGCAGAGCUGGUUAGGCUGUUUUCAUGUUAUCCAGAUCUUUGGUGACUGUAACUGUGCGCCUGGCAACAAUUUAAUUACGCUUUUUUGCCGACGUUUACUGACACCGUCCAUAUUCAACCGGUGUUGAGCGUUCAUAAAUUAGGCAGUUAUUCUGCGCUCUGGCACACAGUUAUUCUGCGCCCUGGCACACUAAAACGAGAGAGCUCUGAAAUCGGAGUAGAUAGCCAGAGUGAAUUUACGAACGCAACCUAAAUUGGUUUGAAAACACAGUAACUUCAUGAUAGGGGACAUUCAGUUAACUUUUCCAUGUGUCGGUGGUGCGAUGGUUUGAAUGAAAGGUGUAUUGUAUUCAUUUAGACCUAGAUUCAAUGUUUGGUUUCCUGUCAUCUAUCCAUGAUUGAAGAGUUGUUAAUCUAGCAGCAUACCACAUUAGAGCUAACAUUUACAUUUUAGUCAUUUAGCAGACGCUCUUAUCCAGAGCGACUUACAGUUAGUGAGUGCAUACAUUAUUUUUUAAUUUUUCAUACUGGCCCCCCGUGGGAAACGAACCCACAACCCUGGCGUUGCAAACGCCAUGCUCUACCAACUGAGAUACAUCCCUGCCGGCCAUUCCAUUCCCUCCCCUACCCUGGACGACGCUGGGCCAAUUGUGCGCCGCCCCAUGGCUAAAAUAGUUGUAUGACAUUUCAGUGCAGGGUUAGUCGACUGUAGACCCAGAACGCGUUGGAGAGACUGUAAACCAACUGGAGAGCCCAAAAUGUUUGAAAUAUUCCUUUCCACCUCUUUCCAGGAAUCUUUAACAAUGGGACAGUACAGGAUGACAUGUGCAUCCAGUAAGUAGAUCUGUGCAGCUUACAUUUGAGACAGUCCCCAGAACAUGCAGGGUCAUAGUUACUUCUGACAACAGGUGUAGUUUAUAAUUGAUGUAUAAUUUGAAACUGUAGCGCAUGAGUUUUAUAUAGGAACAACAUAUUUUCUUCGCAUUGGUAAGAAUAACUUCCCAUUCACAAUUAUCGAUGCUCACCCCAAAGUCUUGCUGCCAUGCAUGCUUGCUACUAUCAGUGUUGACCAUGCCUUUAGAAAAAAGACUGGCGUAUAAGUAUGUUAUUUUGUUCUUUUUUAGAGAGCUAGCAGGGAGUAUGAGUCCCCCCCCCCAGAUUUUUAAGGCCAGAUCCCUCCUUUUAAAGGACAUUUAAUUAAUAAAGCUUCCAAGCUGAAGGAAAGGGUCAAAUUGUGAGUGUGCUAAACCACAUUCUUGUUGCAGGAAAGACUUAGGGAGCCAUCGUAAAACAAAUCAUUCAAUGUCGUAAUUACCACUGUCUGUACAUGAAGGAGGAAAUAAGAGAUUGAUAACAAUCGGAACACAGAAUGAAUAUCUACUGUAUACAAUUUUUUUAACAUUACAAUACAUUCACAACAGAUUUCACAACACAUUAAGUGUGUGCCCUCAGGCCACUACUCCACUACCACAUAUCUACAACAGAAAAUCCAUGUGUAUGUGUGUAUAGUGCAUAUGUUAUCGUGUGUUUAUGCAUGUGUCUGUGCCUAUGUUUGUGUUGCUUCACAGUCCCCGCUGUUCCAUAAGGUGUAUUUUUAUCUGUUUUUUAAAUCACAUUUUCCUGGUUGCAUGAGUUACAUGAUGUGGAAUAGAGUUUCAUGUAGUCAUGGCUCUAUGUAGUACUGUGCGCCUCCCAUAGUCUGUUCUGGACUUGGGUACUGUGAAGAGACCUCUGGUGGCAUGUCUUGUGGGGUAUGCGUGGGUGUCCGAGCUGUGUGCCAGUAGUUCAAAACAGACAGCAUUCAACAUGUCAAUACCUCUCACAAAUACAAGUAGUGAUGAAGUCAAUCUCUCCUCCACUUUGAGCCAAGAGAGAUUGACAUGGAUAUUAUUAAUGUUAGCACUCUGUGUGCAUCCAAGGGCCAUGAAGCACAUUAACCUGGGGUUUACGCCACUGAUGAUGUCAUGAGUCAUGUGGUUUGUUUAUAUGGUUGCUAGGUGAUCUAAUCUAGAUGAAAAAUCUUCCAUGUCCACUAAUGUUUACUUAAUCCAACUAAUAAAUUAAUGUUACUGUAUUUAUUACAGCAGGUUAGUCCACUCUGUAGUAAUUGGAACUGCUUGUUGUUUAAACAUGUAGUGCUUUUUACCAUGUGGUUGUCAUGGGUGACACUUUAUAUUACAUUAUUUAUAAAGGGUUUAUAAGUAGUUAUCAGAUCAGUAGUUAACAGAUUAGUAGUUAACAGGCAAGUAGCUUAGUGGUUAAGAGCAUAGUGCCAGUAACUGAAAGGUCGCUGGUUCUAAUCCCCGAGCCGACUAGGUGAAAAAUUUGUCGAUGUGCCCUUGAGUCCACUCACUUAACCCUAAUUGCUCCUGUAAGUCGCUCUGGAUAAGAGCGUCUGCUAAAUGACUAAAAUGUUAACAGAUCAGUAAUAAUGAUAUACGUCAGUUUGAUGCGUGACAAAUAGCUGAAUCUAAUGUGGUGGCUCUGGUAUCUGUGUCUGAGGUGUUUGUCCAGGUGCUGUCUGACUGUGGGAUCCCCUAUGCGUGUGUUACAGUGGAGCGUGGUCUACAAGCAUGUCCCUGGCUGUCCACUGUCCUCAGAGACUUCUACACUCAGCUAGAGAAGGACGUGCUGGAGUCAGACAACAUGGCAUCAGGUAGGAGACAUUCAGUCACACACUGAAAUCACUGUAGUACUGAAUGUGAUGAUCAUCUUUUCAGGUUCUUGUAUUUGGUUUUUCACUAGACCAGUCAGACUUCGUGGUACAGUAUUAUAGAGACGUUUUUUUAAGAUAGAAGUGUUGAAGAUGAUCUGAAGGAGUCAAAAGUCUUAUUAUUUUCCUGUUCAUCUCAAUUGACAAAUUCUUCUUCUUCCUCCUCCUUCCAUCCCUCCCCACUCUCUCUCCCAGAUGGCCUGACGUCCGUCCCCAACCUCAGACGAGCCUUCAGCCACGGCCUGGAACUAGACCUGGGGGGUCUCACUGUCACCUCCUGGGGGUGGAAGUAAAAACAGGACCACCCUGGUACCCCAGCCACCCCCAGGAGGGCGGGUGUGGGGAGGGUCCAGACGACUUCUCCCAGUCGGCUGACCGACAGCAGGAGCUAACCACCCUGAAGGACCCGGCCCUACUGGCCUGA